AUGUCCGAGACGGCCCCCGUGGACCCGGCUGAGCCGUGCCCAGCUUUCAUGGCGAAGCCGAACAUCAAGAAGCGCGGCAGGAAGCAGGUGGUGGGCCUGGCGGGCGUGAACCGCAAGACUCCGAGCCCGUCGGUGUCCAAGGUGAUCACGGAGGCCCUGGCGCUGUCCCAGGAGCGGGCGGGCAUGUCGCUGGCCGCGCUCAAGAAGGCGCUGGCGGCCGCGGGCUACGACGUGGACAAGAACAACAGCCGCAUCAAGCUGGUGCUCAAGAGCCUGGUGAGCAAGGGCACGCUGGUGCAGACCAAGGGCACCGGCGCCUCGGGCUCCUUCCGGCUCAGCAAGAAGGCGGCGCCCGAGCUGGUCAAGGUCAAGAAGGCCGCCUCCGCCAAGAGCAAGAAGCUGGUCUUGUCCAGGGAGGCCAAGUCCCCCAAGGGCUCCAGCGCCAACAAGCGAGCUCCGAAGCCGAGGGCGUCGGCGUCUCCGAAAGCCGCCCGAGGCGUCAGGAAGGCGGCCGGGCCCAAGGGCAGGCCCCCGCGCAAGAGCCCGGCCAAGGCCAAGGCCGACAGGCCCAGGGCCGGGAGGCCCAAGGGCUCCCAGCAGAAGACCAAGGCCAGGAAGGCAGCCUCUAAGAAGUAA